CGGAAAUUAGCAGUGAGCCUCUUCGCUUCCCGUCGUUUUGCGUAAGCGGCGUGCGGUGCUGUUUUGCUGUUUGGAUGUGGAGGACAGUCAACGAUGGGCGCCCGUGUGGCUCGCAUGUUCCGAAACUUUAACUUGGAGAACCGAGUCCACCGAGAGAUCUCCCGUGACAAGCCGCGAGCUGCGCCCAGACACCCGGACACCGCUGCCUCCGUCCCGGGAUCCUCUGAAGCUACUGGAGGUUUAAAUGAGAAGAAUGCCCCUCUGCUGGAUCAUCUGCGCUCUCUGUAUGUGGAGUCCACUGACCCCGCAGAACUUCCGCAGUCAUCCAGAGAGGAGGCAGAGGAGGCAGCAGAGUCAGAGCGACGCCCCCUGCAGUACAGUGUCCCCUUGGAGCAGCUGGGUCUGAUGGAGCUCACGGACGUCCCCAAAGGCAAACUGACCCUGGCUGAGGCUCUGAAGGCCCUAAGCAGUCACCAGCAGCAGCCCCAAACAUGGACCGCAGAGAAGAUUGCCCAGCAUUACAGUCUGGAGCUGAGGGACUGCAAGGCUCUACUGAACUUCUUCUGUCCCUUCAGAGUCCAGAUCAUUCCUCCCACCAAUGCACAGACUAAACGCAUCACCGAUUCAUAGCACUGGAUACCACUGUAGUGUUUACUAGCUUUAUAUUUAUGAACUCUUAAUAAAUUAAAUGAAGAAAUAAAUACAAUGGAUAUUUUAUAUA